AUGCCUUCUCAUCGCAAUGAAGAAGAAGAUAAACCCUGCAGGGCCUGUUCAGACUUCAAGUCUUGGGCAAAAUUGCAAAAUAAAGCUAAAAAUACACCGCAAACCAAACCGGCACCACCACAAAGAAAAGAUUGUCCACUAGACAAAGAUGAGCUCGGCACUUCCACAUGGGGCUUUUUACACUCCAUGGCUUCAUACUUCCCUGAAAAUCCAACCAAAUCACAGUCUGACAACAUGAACAAGUUCUUUAACAUUUUUGCACAGUUCUAUCCUUGCGAACCCUGUGCUUUGGAUUUUCAAGAAGAUAUAAAGAAGAACCCACCAAAUACAAAGUCUAGAGAUGAACUAGCAAAGUGGCUUUGUGAGAGACACAAUACAGUGAAUGUUAAACUCGGCAAACCAGCGUUUGAUUGCAGUAAAGUGCAUGAGAGGUGGAGGGAUGGUUGGCUUGAUGGCUCUUGUGAU